UGGCACAAGUACGUGCAGUUGUCAGGGAGUCGUCAAAUACUUAUUUGACGACUCCCUGGUACUGGUAGAUCUACUGACUGUUAGUUGUGAUCGCUUUUCUCGCUUUUGCUUCAGUGUCGCCCAUUUUCACCGAGCAACCGGUGAAGGAGGCUGUUGCGGCCGUUGGUGGUGGCGAAUUUCGGAUGAUCGUGGAUGCAAGUACAGGUCAUGACCCGACGAAGUCCGAAGUACAUUGGCUGGCUGGGGGUGAGCCAAACCAAGCACCGAUUGGCAACUUGGAAAACCCAUUCAAACGAAUCCAGACGUGUGUGGAUGUUCAACAUCAACUCCGAGGCUUUCUGCUAUGGCCGCCUUGGUCAACUGGAGGUAGGUUUGCAAUUGGCUGACCUACCGAUGAUGAUGGCACCGGUGAUGGCGGACAUGGAUGGCAGACUGAUGGCUGGCAACAAAGUCAUCACAUCUGUGCCGUGCGCACUGGAACAUACCGGGAUAGUGUGAGUGUGACUCUGUGAGUGACUGGCCAGAACAGUGUUCGUUACGAGUAGAGGCUUACAACAAUGAACUGGUAACGACGGUGUUAGUGAAGGGAACGGCCGAUAUCUCCAACCUAACCCGGCAGCCGUACAAAGACAGCAUCAUCAUGGCCAGCUUGCCUGACGAGUUCAUCAUCGCUCCGUAUCCUGAAUCGUUCCAGCUAUGAGUGAUGAUAAUGAUGAUGGAAGCACGGACAGGUGGCCAAUGCCAAGCUAGAAGACAUGAUUGUUUUCACCACUGAACGGCCUGGUCCAGAACGGAGAAGGGGCAGCGUGGCACUUCACAUUCCCUUGUGGUAUAAACACAACCACAAGUUUCACCAUGAGUGGACCGCGCCGAUCUGCAUCUCUAGUCUGUACUGUCACCCGGGCGAGCAUUUCCUCUCCAACAUAUUGCCGGUAUUGGCUGGUCCCGUCCUGCUCGGCUCUCACUGUAUGCUGCUGCUCUUGUGGGCCUGCAUCUCGCUGGCCUCCGUGUCCGUCGAACACUGCGGCUUCCACCUGCCGUUCAUGCCGUCCAACGAGUACCACGACUACCAUCAUGCAAAGCACCUGACAGAACUCUGGGAUGCAUCGAGUCAGUUCUGGCAGCACAGAUGGAAUCAGCUCUAUCACGAUGUGGCGGGAGGCAACGAGUUCCUUCUAUCUAGCCGUGGAAUGGCAGACGUUCAAGAAGUGUUUGAAGGUUGUCCUCUUAAACCAGUUGGUUGUGGGUUAUAGCAGCCAACUUGCACUCUACUGGAUCUUCCAAAAGCGCGGCGGAUUAUUUGCCGAGACCCUGCCGUCCUUCCAGUGGUGCUUGGUGGAGCUGGCGAUCUCUAUGUUUAUCUUUGAGGUGAUUUUCUUCUAUUCGCACCGGGCACUUCACAUUCCCUUGUGGUACAAACACAUCCACAAGGUCCACCACGAGUGGACCGCACCAAUCAGCAUUUCUGGGCUGUACUGUCAUCCGGUCGAGCAUGUCAUCGCCAACAUAUUGCCGGUAAUGGCUGGUCCCGUCCUGCUCGGCUCUCACUGUAUGCUGCUGCUGCUGUGGGCCUGUAUCUCGCUGGCCUCCGUGUCCGUCGCACACUGCGGCUUCCACCUGCCGUUCAUGCCGUCCAACGAGUACCACGACUACCAUCAUGCAAAGUUCAACCAGAACUUUGGCAUACUGGGAAUCUUUGAUUUGCUGCAUGGCACGGACAGUGACUUCCGUAAAUAAAAGUCGUACGAGCGCCAUUCCAUGCUACUUGGCACCACCCCAGGCAACGCUCUGAUUCCAGACGAACCGAAGAAAUGGCAGUAAAGAAGUUAAGUCUGCAGUGCAUGUGCAUGUGUGCAUCCUCACUGCUGUUGCUAGUCUCCUCACAGUCCACCCUUGACCGUCCCAUUCUCCAGUUUCAAUGCUAGUCUCCUCCCAGUCCACCCUUGACCGUCCCAUUCUCCAGUUUCAAUGCUAGUAUCAUCACUACUCUACAUGUAUAUGUAUUUUAGCAUAUCCACCAUCAAUACUGGUCACAUGACAAAUUACACUUACCUACCCUCACUACUUCAAGUAUGCCGCUGAUAUUAUUAUUUUUAUUCACAUAGCUAUGGGUUUUUUUGUGGCAAAUUCACUAGUGGCCUAGCUCAGCCCAAUCUGUGUUCUAUAAUGGGUGGUUAUCGACAUCACACUGUUCAAUCCACCAGACUUAUCAGUGUCGACUCUCAUAGCCAAUGUUUUUUUUUGUGCCACAUUCAUUAGUGCCCUAGCUAUGCCCAAUCUAUGUUCUAUCUUCCAGUCUUAUCAGUGACGGCUCUCAUAGCCAAUGUUCAUUUUUCCAAGCCAUCACCAAGAAGUUCUUUUUCUUUCUCAGCUAGGCCCGUUCAGAGAUUCUUUUCCAUUUCAAGUUCCGCCUGUUCCACCAGUCCUAGACGCAGGGAGAGGAACUGUAUUUUCACUAGUUAUAAGUUACAAGCAAAAUAUUGGCUAUGACAUCACUACUACUUACCGGCUGUAUUGCUAUGACAUCACUACUACUUACCGGCUGUACUGCUAUGACAUCACUACUACUUACCUGCUGUACUGCUAUGACAUCACAACUACUUACCGGCUGUACUGCUAUGACAUCACUACUACUUACCGGCUGUACUGCUAUGACAUCACUACUACUUACCUGCUGUACUGCUAUGACAUCACAACUACUUACCGGCUAUUAUUAAUUGUGUCACUAUUCAAGGUACUUUAUACUUGAACUACUACGCUUACUUCAUACAAAGUGUUGCCGUAUGAAGCCUGAAAUCACAUGCAGUCUAGGCGUGCCUGUACGACACCAGCAUGCCGACACUGCAACUU